UUUUAGACUGACAACAGUUCCAGCAAGGAAGUGAAAAAUUGACGUUUUUCCAGAGGGGGAUUCGCCUACCUAAGAAUUCACAUGGAAAGCUAGCUUCAGUAGCAAAUGGAGAUCCAAAUGAAGGAUGUAGAGCUUGCGUAACACAGAACAUGAAGCAACAGACGUGCUUCGAUUGCCUUCAACGCCGAAUAAAGUCCGAUUUCUCGGACCAACUUCUCUUUUCUUAUGGCCUAUCCGAUUCUGCUUUCCCCUUCGGCUCCUCUGCUGUUGUCCAGAUGCCAAAUUCUAAGGAAGAGGCAUCGGCUUCAGCUUCUCAGUUCAUAUUGGAGCAGUUGCCGACUGAAGAACACGAUUGCUUGACUAAAUACGUUGAUGAAUAUAUAAUAGAAAAUGUUGUUGAAGACAGUGACAAUUGUAGGAUCGGUGAUAUGUCUUUAUCUGAAGAAAGCCAAGAUCCUUCCAAGGUCAGUGAUCUAAUGGUGAGGUCAAGUACACUGGAAUAUUCAUUAAAUCAAUCUUCUUAUUUGCUGCAUGGUGACAGAAGAUCUGUAAAUCUGAUGAGAUCUGAAAGUUCCACUUGUACAUGUUCUAGUAGGUUCACAUGCUCCCGUACAUUCAAUGCUUUAGCCUCAGUUGCUCAUAUAGGUACUUGUUCCUCUAAUGCCUUUGAAAUGCUUACUUCUAACUUUUUGUCUGGCUAUCUGGAAAAUCAAGUAUUGUGCUCGCUUAGUUGCUUGAUUGAAGGAAAAGCUUCAGGGAAAGAUAGUGUAAAUUUUCUUCGUCUAGUUGGGGUUCCUUCAUUUGAUGAGAAUAGUAUCCCUGGCUGCCUGAGGCAUCCAAAUAUAGCUCCAAUUCUUGGAUACUUUAAAGCAUCUGGGUACAUUUACUCAGUGCUUCCAAAGUCUCCAUACAACUUGGAUAGUAUUCUGCAUUACUGCCCCAAUGUCUUAAAGUCUGAGUGGCAUAUAAGGUUUUUGGUUUAUCAGCUACUGUCUGCCCUUACUUGCUUACAUGGAUUAGGGGGUUACCAUGGUAACAUACAUCCAUCUAAUAUAAUGCUAACUAAUUCAUGCUGGUCUUGGCUGUGCAUUAAGGAUAAGCCAAAAUCAAGAUCUAGUUUGUGUUCAAGAGAAGCUGAACACAAACAUCCUGCUGUCUCUGCAAGAAUUUGCUGCUGCAUGGAUGGUUGUUCUUCUCAUGGACUCUAUGCAGAUUUGAAGCUUUCGCCAUCUACAGAUUGGCAUUCACAAUUUCAUCUGUGGUGGAAGGGAGAGUUGAGCAAUUUUGAGUAUCUGCUUGUCUUAAACAGAUUGGCUGGGAGAAGGUGGGGAGAUCAUACAUUUCAUACUGUAAUGCCAUGGGUAAUAGACUUUAGCACAAAACCUGAUGAAAAUUCUGAUUUAGGGUGGCGGGACUUGAGCAAAAGUAAAUGGCGGUUAGCAAAAGGUGAUGAACAGUUGGACUUCACCUAUUCAACAUCUGAAAUACCUCAUCAUAUAUCGGAUGAAUGCCUUUCUGAGUUAGCAGUUUGCAGCUACAAAGCUAGGAGGUUACCCUUAAGUGUUUUGCGACUGGCUGUUCGUUCAGUCUAUGAACCCAAUGAAUAUCCCUCUAAUAUGUUAAGACUAUACCAGUGGACACCUGAUGAAUGCAUCCCAGAGUUCUACUGUGAUCCUCAAAUCUUUUAUUCUGUGCACUCUGGCAUGACCAAUCUGGCAGUACCUUCAUGGGCACAUAGUCCAGAGGAGUUCAUUAAACUUCAUCGGGAUGCUUUGGAAAGUGACCGAGUCUCAUGUCAAAUUCAUAACUGGAUUGACAUUACAUUUGGUUACAAAAUGUCUGGGCAGGCAGCUGUGGCUGCCAAGAAUGUUAUGCUACCUUCGUCAGAGCCCACAAAGCUAAGGUCGGUGGGACGCAGACAGCUCUUUACUCGACCACAUCCUGGACGUCUAGUUUCUCCAAUGAAGAAAUGCUAUAGCACAAAUAUAUCUGCUGUGAAUGAAUGCCAAUCAAAUGGGGUAGAGAGAGAGACACCUCUUCUUUUUGAAAAUUCUUAUUUACAAGAAUUGGAAAAUGCAUCUGCAUUUUCUGAGCACGCUGGUCACUUGAGUCCUCAAUAUUGUUAUGGUCCAGAACGCCUUGUGCGCACUACGUCUUCUGUUGAUGAGUCAGAGACUGAAAAUAUUGGGAAAUGUAUAUCUAAGUCACUUGAAAUUAGUAAAACCUAUGGAUUUCCAUCUGAUAUUAAUUUAAGUUAUCUUCUUGAGCAUAUAGAGGAGGAAGUUGAAGGAUCCAUGGGAUUCCAAGAGCUAUUGCUUUGGAAGCAAAGAUUGUUGUAUUCAAGGAACUCUUCUGAAGAUGUUGCAAAGGAUGUGUUUUCAAUUGGUUGUGUAUUGGCAGAGCUUUAUUUGAAGAGGCCACUCUUCAAUUCAACAUCAUUAACUAUGUAUAUUGGAAGUGGUGUAUUACCUGAGUCCAUACUCGAACUUCCCCCACAUGGUAAAGUUCUGGUGGAAGCCUGUAUCCAGAAGGAUUGGAGGAGGAGGCCAUCAGCCAAAAGUCUUUUGGAAUCACCUUAUUUUCCCAGAACAGUCAAGUCAUCCUACUUGUUUAUUGCACCAAUUCAGUUACUAGCAAGUGAUGGAUCCCGACUUCAAUAUGCUGCUAAUUUUGCAAAACAAGGAGCCCUGAAAGCAAUGGGAGCCUUUGCAGCUGAAAUGUGUGCCCCUUAUUGUUUACCUCUUGUAGUAAAUUCUCAGUCUGAUACUGAAGCUGAAUGUGCUUAUGUACUGCUGAAAGAAUUCAUAAAAUGUUUGACACCAAAAGCAGUAAAGACAUUGAUCUUGCCAGCUAUCCAGAAGAUUCUACAGACUACAGGUUAUUCACAUUUGAAGGUAUCACUUCUCCAAGGUUCAUUUGUACAGGAGAUUUGGAACCUCAUUGGUAAACAAGCAUACUUGGAAACAAUACAUCCUUUGGUUAUAUCAAAUUUGUAUGUUUCUCCUCAUAAGAGUUCAGCUGCUGUUGCUUCUGUGCUGCUGAUUGGCACAAGUGAAGAGCUUGGUGUACCCAUCACAGUUAAUCAGACAAUCUUGCCUUUGAUUCAUUGCUUUGGGAAAGGACUGUGUCCUGAUGGAAUUGAUGUGCUGGUUAGAAUUGGUGGUCUUUUGGGCGAUAACUUCAUUGUCAAACAAAUGCUACCGUUGCUUAAACAAGUCAUUCAUUCUUGUAUCAGUGUUUCAUAUAUGAAUAAGCCUGAGCCUGUUCAUAGUUGGAGUGGUUUAUCCCUAAUUGAUUGUCUGAAUACAUUAGAUGGUGUAGUUGCAUUUUUGCAAAGGGAGUUGAUUGUGAAGGAGCUGAUUGAAGAUAGAAGUUGUUUACAUGUUACUAUCCUUAUGCAGACAAAAUUGGAUAUGUCGGUGCUUCAGGUUGCUGCUAUGACUCUCAUGGCAGUUUGUCAACGAAUUGGACCAGAAUUAACAGCAUUACAUGUUCUGCCGCAACUUAAAGAGCUAUUCGAUGAGCUUGCUUUCUCACAGGAAACUGGAAAUGUUUCUGGCUCUUUUGGCAGAAACUUGAGGAUUUCCAAAGCCAAAGUAGAUGGGGAGGCACAAAUUGAAAGCCGAAUGGACCUUGUGUUACUUCUAUAUCCAUCAUUUGCAUCUCUUCUUGGGAUUGAGAAACUUCGCCAGUGCUGUGCCACUUGGUUGCUGCUUGAGCAAUUUCUUCUGCGGUUUCACAAUUGGAAGUGGGAAUAUUCAGGAGAAUCAUCUAGAAGUGGAGCAGAAAAUAUAACUGGUAAAAGGCCUGCUUUUACCAAGAGCUCAACAUCCGAGUACAAUCCUGCUAAGCUGUUGCUUAAUGGGGUUGGUUGGUCAGUUCCACAAUCACAAGGAAUUAAAGGUGGCAAAAACAUGAUUCCUCAAAGACUGUUAGAUGGCAUUCAUCAGAAUUCAGUUGAAAGUCAUGUAGCCUCAAACCUUUUGAAGCGUGAACCAUGGUUUUGGUUACCCAGUCCAGCUGACAGCUGGGAAGGGCCUGAUUUCCUUGGGCGUGUUGCGAGUCUAAAAGAUGAACUUCCAUGGAAGAUCAGAGCAUCUAUUGUACACUCAAUCCGUGCACAUCAUGGAGCAUUAAGAUCUUUAGCUGUUACCCAAGAUGAGUGCUUGGUUUUUACUGCAGGAAUUGUCCCAGGAUUCAAGGGAACAGUUCAAAAGUGGGAACUUUCAAAAAUAAACUGUAUGUCUGGUUAUUAUGGUCAUGAGGAGGUUGUGAAUGACAUUUGUGUAUUGUCAUCCAGUGGAAGGGUAGCGUCUUGUGAUGGAACUAUUCAUGUUUGGAAUAGCAGAACAGGGAAAGUACUGUCACUUUUUGCUGAACAAUCAGUGGAUUCUACAAACAUCUCAAGCUCUUCAUCCUCUAAGAUCAAUGUUGAUCAUCUGAAUAUGUUGAACUCCAAUACACUAUCAAGUGGAUUAUUGACUAGUGCAUUUGAUGGGAGCUUGUACACUAGUAUGCAGUACUUAGAGUCUCUUGAAAUGCUUGUGGUCGGCACUGGAAAUGGUUCUGUGAGAUUUAUUGAUGUUGCCCAUAGUCGAAAGCUUCAUCUCUGGAGGGGUGAAGCUGUUGAAUCCACUUUCCCUUCUCUUGUCUCUUCAAUAUGUUCAUGUGGAUCUGACAAAACUCGAGCAGAUGGAACUCUUGCUUCACCAUCUUGGAUUGCAACUGGACUAAGUUCUGGUAAUUGCAGGCUAUUUGAUUUGAGAAGUGGAAAUGUUAUUGCUUCUUGGAGGGCUCAUGAUGGAUAUGUGACAAAGUUGGCUGCACCAGAGGACCAUUUGCUUGUUUCCAGUUCUCUUGACAGGACUCUGCGAAUUUGGGACUUGAGAAGGAAUUGGCCGCCCCAGCCCACUAUUUUUAAAGGCCAUACUGAUGGGAUAUCUGGUUUCUCUGUGUGGGGUCAAGAUGUUAUUUCAAUUUCUAAAAAUAAGAUUGGGCUUUCCACCUUGUCCACAUCUGCUGAAGAAGAUGGGCAGCAACAGAUUUUGCCUCAGAAACUAUGUGCAGCUGAUCAUGGGAUGAAAAAUUUGUCAGUGCUAUCAAGUAUAGAUAUUCUACCUUUCUCACGUUUGUUUGUUGUUGGGACAGAAGAUGGUUAUUUGAGAAUAUGCUGUUAGAUGUGCGUUGAUGCCCCAAAAAGGUUAUAUUUUAUAUAUUUACUUAAUAAUCUCGUUUAAUUUGAGUUCGAUUAC